GAACAACUAAGCCACCAGCAAGAUGAACAUACCAAAAUUCCCAUGCAGUACGAAACUCCUGAUGGUCUUUGUGUGGUGGUUGGUGCAGUGCCCGGCGGCUGUCGUUUGCAACAGUUUGUGGCGCGGAACUUCAGAGAAUACUUGGGAAGACAAUCGGAUGCCAUGCAUGUAAAUGUACGGCAUGCAGCGGCUGUUGCUUGUCAAAGAGGCUGCGUUCUCAUUGACGGGCAAGUGGCUGUUGGACGGCAAAAUCUGUUUGGUGGAGAGGUGGUGACUUUGUUGAAGAACAGUUUAGACAGUUUAGAACAAAGCGAUCGAAGUGGGUCCUUUCGUCGAGGUGCUCCACGCAUGUUAGUCCACAUGCCAGAGGACACUCACAGUCCUGGUGCGCUGGGCAUCCCCAGUUGGGAGGGGGGAAGCACCAGUGGCAGCUACCCUGGUAGCACGCAUUUUCGUCAAUACUACAGAGAUUUGCAGCGUUUGCUUCCAAGAGAAGAUUGGGAGCAAUGCGAGCAACUCUUCAUGAGACCUGUACCUUUGAGCCUUCGUAUGAACCUUUCUUCACCGCAACAUAGAGAAACCAUGUGUGAAUUGCAACAGACUUUUGGCACAAGGAUUGAGAUGGUUCCAUGGAUGAAGUCCUUUGGUGGUGCUUUGCACAUCGCACCAACGUUUAGCUCGGAGGAGGCAUCAGAAGGUUUGCGUUUGGUAAACAUGCUUGCGUCGGCCGGGGAUAUCGUGGUGCAAGACGGGCUGUCCAUGCUGGCUGCAGCGGCAUUGGAUCCGAAUCCAGGUCAGACUGUGCUGGACUUGUGCAGCGCCCCAGGCAGCAAAACCUGCCAAUUGCUUGACGCGUUGAGCCGACGAGCUUCUGAAACUGGCGAUUUAGAUGCCGAGUGCAGUGCCCUUGUUGCCAAUGACAUGUCAGCAGAGCGAUCCCAAAGGACCUGGGGAAGGGCCAGGGCACAAAACUGUACGUCGCUAAUAGUCACUGCAGCAGACGGUGUUCAAUUCCCACAGCUCGUAGAUGAAGGCUUUGACCGCAUCCUAGUAGAUGCCCCAUGCAGUUCUGAUGGCACUAUUAGAAAGGAGAGGAAACGCUUGCAGCGUUGGAAAGUGGACUCUGCUUUGAAUCAUCAUGCCUUGCAGAUUCGUUUGCUUCAUCGAGGUUUGGAACUUCUGAAGCCUGGUGGGCGUUUGAUUUAUUCGACCUGCUGCCUAAACCCCAUCGAAUGCGAAGCCGUCGUUCAAGCAGCUUUGGAUCAAUCAUCGAGUGAUGUUCACCUAUUGGCUGCAGAAGAUGUUCUGCCACCGGGAUGCCCUCGAGGAUCACCUGGUUUAAAAUCUUGGUGUGUUCCGGUGCCUUCCGAAGACAGGACGGGCACGAGUUCAGACACGACGUUCAAAGUGUAUCAUUCUUGGGACGAGGUCGACGAGGGCAACGAGGUGACGUGUAGAAGUGCGAUUCAACGAACGAUGUUUCCGGGAAGACUUGCACAGCAAGGGUCCUUGUCCUCUUGCGCACGCUUUCUGCCCAUACAUGGACCGAACUUUGGUGGCUUUUUUCUUGCAGCCUUCACGAAGACACGUCCUGAAGCCUCGGACACUUCGUCGACUUUGACACUGCCAGGUGCAAGUCUUGGGCCGCUUGCUCCGUGUAAGUCGAAGAUGCUCCUCACCUAUUGUAGAGAGAGCCCAGAUGCUUUUCAGGAGCUGGUCAACUUUUUUGGAUUGGAAGGCCCGAGCAUGCAGCACUUGGUGGAGUCUCCAGAUG